AUUAUGAUUAGAAAAAUAAGGAAUUAGGUAGAUAAUUCGGUAAUAAUUUAAUUGUUGAUUAUAGCUUAAACAAAAAAUCCUGGGGAUUGUUGGAGUGUGCUGCUCGUGUUUAGUAAUGUUGGUUGUGAUUUAGAAUAGGAUCUGUUGGCUUCUAAGCACGCCAUGGAAUCAAGCUUGCCUAGCUUAGCUAUGUGGCAUUUCCACGCAAAUGGAGUCGAAAUCUCUGUUUUGUGUAAGUUUGAUCGUAUAGUUUUCGAAUGUUUGUGAUUGAAUGGUUUAGAUAAGGGAGUGUUGCUAUCCCCCAACAAUGGGUUUAGAAUGUUUCCAGUGCUUUGAAGUCAAACAUUUAUGUUUAUAACUUAAUUCAGCUUAUCCUUUUGUGAAUUUUAUGAUUCACUCCAUGGUGUAACGCUUGUAAUAAGCGGCUUCGUAAGUUUUGCAGCAAUAGAAUCUCUGAUAUAUUAACUUUUUUUUAGGUAAAUCAGCAUAGAGUAAGCGAAGAGUUUCUAAAAUAACUUUUUCUAGCAAUUAGAUAGUUGCUAGUUGUUUUGGAAGCAGGAAGUGCAUUUUCUUCAUUCAACCUUAAUUCUUUGUACCUUUGUCGUACACUUACACAAAGAGAAAGCUGCAAAUGGACCUGAAAUUUUGUUUCUUUUUUCCUUUUUCCUUGAGGAUGAAAGGAGGCCCCUACAAAUUAAGGCGCAGGGCUAAAGAACUGUCUCUCAUUCUCAUUGUUCUUGUGGGUGCAACUGUUCUUCUUUGGACAUGGGACAGAAGUCCAGUACUUACUUCCUCACUACCAUCCAAAAAUAAGUUGUUGCAUCUCUCUCCAGAUAUUAAAACGGUACCAUUAGAGCCCAAAAGACACGUGAAAGAAGAAAUUUCUACAUUGACACGUAGUGAAGUCAUAAAUAACAAAGAGGAACAUCAUUUCGAUGAGACAUCUUCUACUGAUACUACUGAAACAGUUCCUAUUCAGAAGAAAGAAGAAGAAGCAACAAAACACAAACACGGUCCAAAAAGAGAGAAAACCGGUGUUAUUAAAACUGGAUCAAGUUCAACACAGAUAGAAGAAACAAAAAAUGUAAUUUUACUGGAAAAAACUUCAGAAAAAGAAGAAAAGACAGUGGAGAAUCAAGCCUGUAAUCAUGCAAAAGGAAAAUGGGUUAUAGAUGAUAGACGGCCUUUGUAUUCUGGGUUUGGUUGUAAACAGUGGCUAGCACCAAUGUGGGCUUGCCGUUUGAUGCAGCGUCAAGAUUUUGCCUUUGAGAAGACAAGAUGGCAACCAAAAGAUUGUGAUAUGGAAGAAUUUGAAGGGUCAAAGUUCUUAGCAAGGAUGCGAGACAAAACUCUAGCUUUUGUUGGAGAUUCAUUGGGUAGACAGCAAUUUCAGUCUCUAAUGUGCAUGAUCACAGCUGGUAAGAAUAGUUCAGAUGUCCUCGAUGUAGGCAAGGAGUAUGGACUUGUCAUACCACCUGGUGGUAAACGUCCUAAUGGUUGGGCUUAUCGAUUUCCCAGCACCAAUACUACUGUCAUUUACUAUUGGUCUUCAACCCUCUGUGAUUUGGAACCUCUUAAUGUCAAGGACCCACACACAGAAUAUGCAAUGCAUCUUGAUCGACCUCCAGCAUUUUUGCAUCAGUUUCUCCCCAAAAUUGAUGUUGUGGUUCUGAACUCGGGGCACCAUUGGAACCGAGGGAAACUUAUGGCUAAUAGGUGGGUCAUGUAUGUUGGGGGUGUGCCCAACAACAACAGCAAGAUAGCAGAUAUGGGAAGUGCCAAGAACUUCACAAUCCACAGCACUGUUAAAUGGGUAGACUCUCAGCUGCCGAAGUAUCCUCUUCUCAAAGCCUUUUAUCGGAGCAUCUCCCCCAGGCACUUUGUAAAUGGGGACUGGAACACUGGAGGGAGCUGUGACAAUACUACUCCUAUGUCUAUAGGUAAAGAAGUAUUACAAGAAGAGUCUAGUGAUUAUAGUGCUGCCAGCGCUGUGAGGGGGACAGGGGUUAAACUUCUGGACAUAACAGCUUUGUCUCAGGUGAGAGACGAGGGUCACAUAUCCCAGUUCAGUAUUACAGCAACACCAGGAGUUCAGGACUGCUUGCAUUGGUGUUUGCCCGGUGUUCCAGACACAUGGAAUGAAAUCCUCUUUGCACAAAUUUAGUCCCACUUUGUUGUUACUGAAUGAAGAAUUCUUGCUGCAUGCUCUGAGACACGAAAGUGUUGUCUCUUCCUAUCAUUGGUUGGGCAUACUUUUGAGGGCAUCCUUUAACAGCGUAUCCCAUGGAGGACUACCACGUUGUAACUAUGUCAAUCAUAGGCUCGUUCUUCUGUUAUGGAACCACGUAAAUUUUGUGGUUAGUGUAUUUUAAGAUUUAGUCUCCAGAUCUUUUUGUAGCAUAGUUAGCCAUAACUUUUUCUUACCUUUUGAUUUAACACUCUUUGAACGUUGCUGGAGGAAGCAUCGGAAUAAACGUCGGACAGAGACUGGGUAGGUCUGCAGCCUCCGAUGAAGAAGAAUGCUCAAAUGGAGGAAAAACAGCAGGAAAAAGAAAAAAAAAAAUGUAAUACAAGGGAUAAUGUAGUGUUGGGAAUUGGAAAGGAAUGAACAAGAAGAAAAAUAUAUGAAGUUUCACAUUUGAUGUCAAACCUUAGCUUUCGAUUGUUGACGUAAUAGUAUCACGUGAUAUUUAAAAGUUAACAUGGUAUUGUUACGUUAGUACAAGGUUAA